GCGGCCAUGAGCAAAAGGAACCAGGUCUCCUACGUGCGGCCGGCCGAGCCCGCCUUUCUCAGCCGCUUCAAGCGGCAGGUCGGGUAUCGGGAGGGGCCCACGGUGGAAACCAAGGUAAUGAGAGAGCAGCUUCCACUUGCAGAUGGUGAUAGUGAGAAUGGUAGUGACAACGAAGAUGAGCAACCUCAAGUGGUAACACUGAAAAAAGGGGACUUGACUGCUGAAGAAGCAAUGAAAAUUAAACAGCAAAUCAAAGAGGCCUUAAAGUCAAAUGAAUCAGAUGGUGAACCAGAACCUGCUGAUGGAAAAAUUAUGUUCAGGAAGCCAGCCAAACGUUCAUCAGAGAAGUUUUUGGACUUCAAUGUAAGUUCAAGUAAGAAGAUGAAAGAGGCAAAGAAAACUAAGAGAGAAGCAACUACUCCUCAGAGUACAGCUAAGCAAAUAAAAAAUAGCAGUCUUCUCUCAUUUGAUGAUGAAGAAAAUGAUGAUUAGGAAUUGUAUUUUUUUAUAUUUUAUUUACCCUUCUAGGGAUCUGAGUAAGAUUGAGUGUUUUCCUAGAAAUUGAAGCAUGGUAUCUGAGUCUUCUCUUAUUUUGUUACAGUCCAACUAGAGAAACAUAGUAUAAAACUAGCAAGAGCUAAGUCUUUGCAGUUCAGAUGGAACUGUAUGAAUGGUAUGUCAUGUCUUUAUUUUAAAAGAGAAUUUAACCACGUAUGUAAAAGCUACUUGAGGUCACAAAUGAGUAGCAAAAUAUACCUGUACAUAUGCAGCUUAUAUAAAUUUUCAAUCGAUACAUUUUAAAAUGUCCUCCAUUACUAAAAAUGUAUUUCUUCUCUAUUUACUGGCCUUAGUUGACAGUUGUGUGUUUUUUACCUGUUAUUGUUGACAUUCAAAAGAGAGAGACUUCAU